GUUCAACAAAAUACAAUGUUACUUUGACCUUUUACUCUACCUUUAACGCCCCAAAAUUUAUCUCUCUCUGUCUCUCUCACUCUCUCUCCUUACUGGCCGUAGGAGAAGGACUAGCUUCCUAAGCUUAGUUAGAGGAAAAUGAGAGAAUCCCAUCUCUUUUUCACACUAAUACUUCUUUUAGUUCCUUACACCCUUCAUUUCCAAGCUCAUGCUGCCCCUGCUGGGCCGUUGAUAAAGCACUUCUCUUCUUUACUUAAAUGGACCAGGUCUUCCACCAAAACCCCCCAAUCAGAUGGAAAUGUUCUUCAAUUUGAGAAUGGAUACUUAGUUGAGACUGUGGUUGAAGGCAAUGAGAUUGGAGUUGUUCCUUACAAAAUUCGCGUAUCUGAGGAUGGCGAAUUAUUUGCUGUUGAUGAAGUUAAUAGUAACAUUGUUAAGAUUACUCCACCAUUAUCACAAUAUAGCCGGGGAAGAUUGGUUGCUGGGUCAUUUCAGGGUUACACAGGGCAUGUGGAUGGAAAGCCAAGUGAAGCUCGUUUCAAUCAUCCCAAAGGUGUAACCAUGGAUGAUAAAGGAAAUGUGUAUGUUGCUGAUACCAUGAAUCUUGCUAUCAGAAAGAUAGGAGAUGCAGGUGUCACAACUAUUGCUGGAGGAAAAUCAAAUGUUGCGGGAUAUAGGGAUGGACCCAGUGAGGAUGCACAGUUCUCAAACGAUUUUGAUGUAGUGUAUGUUCAGCCCACCUGUUCUUUGUUAGUUAUUGAUAGAGGAAAUGCUGCCCUUCGGCAAAUCUCCCUCAACCAAGACGAUUGUGAUUAUCAGUAUAGUUCUGUUUCUCCCACAGAUAUCCUGAUGGUUGUUGGUGCAGUCUUGGUUGGAUAUGCUACAUGCUUGCUUCAGCAGGGAUUUGGAUCUUCUUUCUUCCCAAGAAUGCAGCAACCUACAGAGAGUGAAUUCAAAGAACAACCAAGCAAGCAGAAGCCCACUCCUAUUGUGGAAAGUGUGAAGGAGGAACCCGGGUGGCCAUCUUUCGGCCAACUUGUCAUGGAUCUAUCCAAGCUUGCACUCGAAGCAAUGGCCACAAUGUUCCUUUAUUUUGUUCCCUCUCGUUUCCGAUCAAGGGGCUCCAAGAAAGGUCUUACACCAAUGAAGGAUUCUCUUAGGAUGCCUGAAGAUGAAGCCCCACCUCCGUUAGUUCAAAGGCAGACCACUCCAGCUCCGGUGUCCGAAACCCGGCAGACACAUACAACUAAUACAAGUGAUAAGCAUUCAGAAAUGAAGCCUUCAAAGAUAAUAAAAUCAAGCAGCUUCAAGGAUCCUUCUUUGUCUAGCAAGCAUCGUUCCUCCAAACGACAAGAAUUUGCAGAAUUCUAUGGGUCAGCUGAGGUUCCUCCUUACAGCAGGUCUAAGAUCCAGAAAGAAAGAACGAGACAUCGCCAACGUGAUAAAAUAGGAGAGGUGGUUUUUGGAACAGCUGGGACAGAUCAAAAACCUGUGGAGACCAAGCCAGUGGUCUAUGAUAACUCAAAGUUUGACCAUUACAAUAUGAGGAGCAAGUAUGGAUCCAGUGAUUCAUUCCGUUUCUGAACUAAUUACAACAAUUGAUGACAAGCUUGUCCAGCUGCUGAUUUUCACCCUCCUUUCUUGAAUCUACACUAUCCAUCUUGAAUAUGGAUCACCAUAUUUCUUCUUAAGCUAGUCUGUAACUGAAUCAGAUAUGUAUUAACAGGAAUUUGUACCUUUCAAGCGUGAGAAUAGCGACCUAGCACAGGUUAUUUCUUGGCCAGAUGCUGUAACAUAUGCAAGGUUCUAUAAUCCCUGCAUAACCGAUUAAUAUGAAGCAUUGUGUCAACUUGCUAUGGCAUUUGGGAGGAAACUGAUCAUAUGUUAAAAGCUUAGUUGUUAAGAAAGCCAUUGCUAUGCGGAUGAUAUAUGUUGUGUA